AUGGCAGCGGCGGCGCUGCAGGGGAGCCGCGCCGCUCCCUCACCGCUGGUGCCAGGCGCCGGGCUCUUCCUCGUGGUCUUGUCCCCUUUCCUCACCCUGCGCCCCGGGGCCGCCCAGGUGGGACCGCCCGACUCCGGGGCGCCCGGGCUCAGCCUCCAUCCUCCCUAUUUCAACCUGGCCGAGACAGCCCGCAUCCAGGCGACGGCCACCUGUGGGGAGGAGAGCGGCGGCGGGAGGCCCCGGCUGGAGCUGUACUGCAAGCUGGUGGGAGGCCCGGCCGCCUUCCCCGCGGGGCACACCAUCCAGGGACAGUUUUGUGACUAUUGCAAUGCAGCUGAUCCCAAUAAAGCUCACCCAAUAACCAGUGCUAUUGAUGGAACUGAACGCUGGUGGCAAAGUCCUCCUCUCUCUUUAGGCUUACAGUAUAAUGAAGUCAAUGUCACUUUAGAUCUUGGACAGCUCUUCCAUGUUGCUUACAUCCUUAUCAAGUUUGCAAAUUCUCCUCGCCCAGAUCUCUGGGUGUUAGAAAGAUCAGUAGACUUUGGAAGAACCUAUGCACCUUGGCAAUAUUUUGCUCAUUCUAAAGCAGACUGUUUGGAACAUUUUGGAAAAAAAGUUAGUGCUCAUAUUAGGAGAGAUGAUGAUGUUAUUUGCACUACAGAGUAUUCUCGAAUUGUGCCUCUUGAAAAUGGUGAGAUUGUGGUAUCCUUGGUAAAUGGUCGUCCAGGAGCAAAAAACUUCACUCAUUCUCCCAUACUUAGGGAAUUUACCAAGGCAACAAACAUCCGCUUGCGUUUUCUCAGAACCAAUACCCUUCUUGGACACUUGAUAGCCAAAGCUCAACGCGACCCCACUGUAACCCGCAGAUAUUACUACAGCAUAAAGGACAUCAGUAUUGGUGGACGAUGUGUUUGCAAUGGUCAUGCAGAAGUCUGUAAUGCAAAAAGUGCUGAAAACCUGUACCAGUUUCAGUGUGAAUGUCAGCAUAACACUUGUGGGGAAACCUGUGAUCACUGCUGCCCUGGAUAUAAUCAGAAACAAUGGCAACCUGCAACUGCCAACGAUGCAAAUGAGUGUGAAUCCUGCAACUGUCAUGAACAUGCUACUGACUGCUACUAUGAUCCUGAUGUUGAUCGACGCAAAGGAAGCUUAAACGUCCAUGGGUGGUAUGAAGGUGGAGGGGUCUGCAUUAAUUGCCAGCAUAACACAGCUGGAAUUAACUGUGAACAAUGUGCAAAGGGGUACUAUCGUCCUUAUGGCAUUCCAGUGGGAGCUGCUGGUGGCUGUAUACCUUGCAGUUGUAAUCCAGAGCAUUCAGAUGGUUGUGAGGCAGGAUCUGGUCGCUGUCAUUGUAAGGUGAAUUUCCACGGCGAAAACUGUGAACAAUGUGCUGAAGGAUACUAUAGUUUCCCAUUCUGUGUCCGAAUUCCUAUUUAUCCUUUUACUACUCCAAAUCCAGAAUACCCUGUGGCUGGUGGUAUUAAAGAUGGCUGUAAACCAGGAUUUUUUGGCCCUCAAUGCCAGCCUUGCCAGUGCUAUAGCUCGGGAGUGCUGGAUGGCAACUGUGAUGGAAAGACUGGACAGUGCAGAUGUCGAUUAGGAUUUCAGGGACUUUCCUGUGAUGCCUGUGCAAUAGGGUAUUUUCAAUACCCUUUCUGUCAGAUGUGUGCAUGUAAUUCAGCUGGUGCCCUCCCUGAAAUCUGUGAUUUCCUUGGAAAAUGUCUCUGCCGCUUUGAGGUGGAUGGACCUCAGUGUGACAGCUGUCGUCCUGGCUACCAUUCUUUCCCUAUCUGUCAAGAAUGUAACUGUGAUUCGCUUGGCUCGUUGGACAAUACAUGUGGGCCCACCGGUCAGUGUCGGUGCCAUAAAAACUAUGCUGGACUUAGAUGCAACCAAUGUGCUCCAGCUUAUUUCAGCUAUCCCAACUGCUUGUCUUGUCAGUGUUCUCCCCAUGGUUCCUACAAGACCACAUGUGAGUCAACAACAGGGCAGUGUGAGUGUCGAACAGGCAUUACGGGGCAGCAGUGUGACAGAUGCCUUUCAGAAGCCUACAGUUUUCCCUAUUGCCAAGGAGUGAACAAUGACUGUGACCCAGCAGGUACUCUUGAUUCCCAUUCUGGCUAUUGUCGGUGUCUGGAGCAUGUUGAAGGUCCUAUAUGUAGCAAAUGCAAGCCACUUUACUGGAAUCUGGCCAGAGAAAACCCUGAUGGAUGUACAGAGUGCCAGUGUGAUGUGACUGGAACACUAAGUGGAGUCGGAGAGUGUCAGCAGAAGAAUGGUGACUGUCAUUGCAAGCCUGAUGUUUGUGGAGGUUCCUGUGACACUUGUGAAGCUGGCUAUUACUCUCUGGAAAACAGGAAUUACUUUGGGUGUCAAGGCUGCCAAUGUGAUGUUGGAGGAUCUGUCAAUCUUGUGUGCAGUGAGCCAUCAGGUGACUGCCAGUGCAGAAACCACAUAGUGGGAACGACCUGUCAGAAGCCUGAAAAGAACCACUUUUUCCCUGAUUUACACCACAUGAAGUUUGAGAUCGAAGAUGGUACCACUGCCAGCGGAAGAAGCAUUCGGUUCGGUUAUGACCCCCAGGAAUUUCCUGGCUUUAGUUGGAGAGGAUAUGCACAGAUGUCUUCCAUACAACCAGAGGUGGUUGUGCCUGUCACUGUGACUUCCUCUAAGCUCUUCCACCUAGUACUCCGCUAUGUCAGCCUGGUUUCAAAGAACUCUAAAGGGAGGAUCUCAGUUGCUGAGGGGAAACAUUUUGACACUAAUUAUACUUGGGCUACUCAGAGCAAAGAUAUUGUCUUCUCACCCAGUAAGAAGCCAGCUUUUGCCACUGUCCCAGGAAACAGCUUUGCAGAUCCAUUCUCACUUAUUCCAGGAACAUGGAUUGUCAGUAUUAUGGCAGAGGGAGUCCUCCUGGAUUACAUGGUGCUGUUACCUAGUGAUUACUAUGAAGCACCUAUCUUGCAAUUACAAGUUACAGAACCUUGCACCUAUUCAGGACGUGCUACGACAGAUAACUGCUUGCUUUAUCAGCAUUUACCACUAGCCAGAUUUUCCUGUGUCCUCGGUUCAGAGGCGACACAUUUCUUGCUUGGUGGAGAGUACAGAAGAAUAGCUGUCCGACAGCCAACCCCAGAGCAUCCAGUGAUGUCACACAUCAGUGGAAUAGAGGUUGAUUUACAUCUGAGACUGAACAUUCCCCAAGUCGGUCGCUAUGUGGUAGUUCUUGAAUAUGCUAAUGAAGAUGAUCAAUUAUACACUGCUGAAGUGACAGUGAACAGUCCUGGGCCUGUCCUGAAGGCCAGAGUGAACAUAUACAGCUGUAAAUACAGCUUCCUUUGUCGCAGUGUUGUGGUUGAUAAUAUGAAUCGCAUUGCAAUCUAUGAUCUUUUAGCUGAUGCAAAGUUACAUUUUAAGGCAUCACUGAUAAAUUUUCUUCUGCACAAAAUUUGCAUUGUAUCAGCUGAAGAAUUUUCUCUCGAAUAUGUGGAUCCUAAAGUACACUGCAUAGCCACUUAUGGGAGCUUUCUUAAUCAAAGUGCAUCAUGCAUUCCCUCAGUAUAUGAAACUCCACCAGUGGCCUUGCUUUUGGAUGCGCUCAGGGAUAGGAAAAUUUCAGAAGCGCAGAGAAAUGUACCAUACAAUCCACUGAGUGUCCCUUUACCUUCUGCUAACCGGGUUAAUGGAGUAACCUUGACCUCAUUACAGAACCAGCUUACUUUGAGUGGGAAAGUGCCAAGUUUAGGCAGAUAUGUAUUUGUUGUACAUUUCCAUCAGCCAGAGCACCCAACAUUUCCUGUGCAGGUGCUUGUGGAUGGGGGACGCCUAUGGUCAGGUUCCUUCAGUGCUUCUUUCUGCCCUCACACUUUUGGCUGUCGAGACCAGGUGAUUGCAGAAAACCAAAUUGAACUGGAUAUCCCUGGCCCUGAGGUUUCUGUUACUGUGAAGAUUCCUAAUGAAAAAACACUGGUUGUGGAACAUGUUUUAGUUGUUCCAGCGGAUAGCUACAGUCAUAGCCUACUUCAGAAAAGGACUGUGGACAAGUCGAUUGACUUUAUCAACCAGUGUGGAGGAAACAGCUUUUAUAUUGACCUAGUAACAUCGUCAGCAUUCUGUAAGGAUUCUGUAAGGUCUCUAGUGGCGUUUUACAACGAUGGAGCAUUGCCCUGUAAUUGCCAUAAAGCAGGUGCCACUAGCUCAGCUUGCAACCCUCUGGGAGGACAAUGUAGUUGCAAACCUAACGUCAUUGGCCGUCGGUGUAGCCGAUGUCAAACUGGGUUCUAUGGAUUUCCAUUCUGCAAGUUAUGCAACUGCGGCCGACGUCUUUGUGAUGACAUAACUGGUCAAUGUAUUUGCCCCCCUCAAACGGUGAAGCCCAAGUGUGAAGCAUGUGAAAGACAAUUUUUCAGCUACCACUCCCUUGUUGGCUGUGAAGCCUGCAACUGCUCAAGCAGAGGAAUAGUUAAUUUGGCAAACCCAGAAUGUGAUAAAAACAAUGGGCAGUGCAAGUGCAGGCCAGGAAUAACAGGGCGACAAUGUGAUCGCUGCAGUCCUGGUUCUUACAGUUUCCCGGAUUGUAUUCCCUGUAAUUGUAACAGAGAUGGAACAGAGCCAGAUGUUUGUCAUCCACAAACAGGAGUUUGUCUCUGCAAGGAGAAUGUUGAAGGUAGACAGUGUGACAUUUGCCGUCAAGGAUCAUUUUAUUUGGAUCCUUCUAAUCCCAAGGGCUGCACUUCUUGCUUUUGUUUUGGAGCUACUAGCAACUGUCACAGCACAAGUAAUCGUAGAACUAAGUUUGUUGAUAUGAGAAACUGGCGUGUGGAGACAGCUGACAAUAACAUUGAUGUCCCCGUAACCUUCAAUCCAGGCAGCAAUAGUGUAGUUGUUGAUGUUCAAGAGUUGCCUUCCUCUGUGCACAGUUUAUACUGGGUGGCACCACAAUCCUACUUGGGAGAGAAGCUUUCUUCAUAUGGUGGCUACCUAAGUUACCUAGUGAAAUCUUUUGGCUUACCUAGUGAAGGCAUGAUUCUUCUAGAUAAAAGACCUGAUGCACAGCUAACAGGUCAGCAAAUGAAAAUAGUUUAUGUGGAUCCUAACAACCCAUUGCCUGACCGACAGUAUUAUGGCCGUUUGCAGCUAAUUGAGGGAAACUUCAGACAUGCGAGCAACAAUAACCUGGUAUCUAGAGAAGAACUGAUGAUGAUCCUGUCUAGACUAGAUGGCUUACACAUCAGAGGUCUUUACUACACAGAGAGUCAGAGGUUAACCCUGGGUGAGGUUGGGCUGGAAGAAGCCACAAGUACAGGAAGCGGAAGCAUUGCAUAUAAUGUAGAGACAUGCUCCUGUCCCCCUGACUAUGUGGGUGACUCAUGUCAGGAAUGUAGCCCUGGAUUUUAUCGUGAGAAUAAAGGAUUAUUUACAGGACGCUGUGUACCCUGCAAUUGCAAUGGAAAUUCAAAUAGAUGCCAGGAUGGUUCUGGAAUAUGUAUUGGCUGUCAACAUAAUACUGCUGGGGAGAAAUGUGACCGUUGUAAAGAAGGUUAUUUCGGCGAUGCCAGUCAAGGUUCCUGUAGGGUGUGCUCUUGUCCUUACACAAACAGUUUUGCAACUGGCUGUGUGGCAAAUGGUGAAGAAGUUCAGUGUUUCUGCAAAGAAGGCUAUACUGGAGUACAUUGUGAAAGCUGCGCUCCAGGAUAUUUUGGGAAUCCACUAAAAUACGGAGGUUACUGUCAGAAGUGUAAUUGUAAUAAUAAUGGUCAGCUGGUUAGCUGUGAUCGUCUUACCGGAGAAUGCUUAAAUCAAGACCCAAAAGAUGUGGAUACCGAUGAAGAUUGCGAUGCUUGUGAUAGCUGUGUAAUUACUUUGCUGAAAGAUUUGAGCACAAUGGGUGACGAGCUUCAGUUGAUUAAGUCUCAGCUGCAAAACGCCAAUGCAAGCACCCACACGCUGGGACAGAUGAGGCAUUUGGAAACACGCACCAAGGAGUUAAAAAUCUUGUUGAACAGUUACCGUUCAGCUGUUCUGAAUCAGGGCUCAAAGGCAGAUGAGCUGGAGACAGACUUGAUCAAUCUUAAUCAGGAUGUAAAUGCGCUACAAGAAAAGGUUGAAAUGAAUUACAGGAAAGCUGAGACAUUAUUUAAUAAUUUUGGUCAGACUAAUCAAAAAGGAAAAGAUUUAGUUUCAAAAAUACAAAUUGUCAUCAUCAAUAUUCAGGUGCUCAUGGAACAGAUAGCUGGCACCAAUGGAGAAGGCAACAAAUUGCUCCUGGGAGAUGCUACCAAGGAACUGGCCGAAGCAGAACAGAUGAUGAGAGAGAUGCGAAAACGCAACUUCGUACAACUGCAAAUAGAUGCAGAGAGGGAGAGAAGAGAAGCUCAACUCUUGCUGGAGCGUGUUAGGAAUGAGCUACAAAAGCACCAGCAAGAAAAUCAUGGAGUUGUUAAAACUAUAAGAGAUUCGUUAAACAAAUAUGAAUCCAAACUCAAUGACCUUCGUGAAGCUCUAAAUGAAGCAACUGGCCAAACGAAGCAGGCUGAAAACUUAAACAAAGAUAAUGGAGUGCUCUUGGAAGACAUUAAGAAACAAAUUGAAGUGAUGAAUAAACAACAGAACAAUGUCUUGGGUCAUCUCAACUCUGCCCAAUCUUCCUUGUCUCAGACUAAAAGCAUACUUGGAUUACUGCAGAAGAGCAAAGAGGAAUAUGAAAAUCUAGCUGCUAAACUGGAUGGAGCAAGGAAGGACUUGAAUGAAAAACUGAAGAACCUUUCCUUAUCAGCCAGCAAAGAGCCACUGGUGGUGAGGGCAGAGGAGCAUGCCAAGUUUUUGCAAGACCUGGCAAGACAACUGGCUGAAAUUAAGAGAAACGCCAGCAAUGAUGAGUUGGUGAACUGUGCCAUGGAAGCUGCUACUGCCUAUGAAAAUAUUGUUAAUGCCGUCAGUGCAGCUGAGGACGCAGCCAACAAAGCUGUAAAUGCAGCUGAUUCAGCUUUACUGACUGUGGAGAGGGAAGACCUAUCAGGAAAAGCCAAGAGACUGAACACUGAAAGCAGCAAUCUAUUAAAUCAAGCACAAAUGUCACAAAAGACAUUACAAGAUAUUAAUCCAACUCUUGAAGAUAUAAAGCAGAGGCUGGGUAUUGUGGAAGGGAAGAAGAACAGGGUGCGGACGGACCUUGAUUCUUUUCAAAAUGAUCUCAACGGGAUAAACAGAGAUGACAUAGACAGCGUCAUUACCAGUGCAAAGAACAUGGUCAAAAAUGCUAAUGAUAUCACUGCUAACGUACUGGAUGAACUGAACCCCAUUAAAGCCGACGUGGAAAAAAUAAAGGGCACCUACAGAAGCAAUCAGAGUGCUGACUUGAAUAAGGCUUUGACGGAAGCAAACAAUUCAGUAAAGAAAUUAACAAGCAAGCUCCCGGACCUGUUUAACAAGAUUGAGAGCAUCAACCAACAGCUGAUGCCAAUAGGCAACAUAUCUGAGAAUGUAAACCGCAUAAGAGAGCUCAUUCAGCAGGCCAGAGAUGCUGCAAACAAGGUUGCUAUUCCCAUGAGGUUCAAUGGUCGUUCUGGGGUAGAGGUUCGACCUCCAAGUGAUCUUGAGGAUUUGAGAGGCUAUACUUCCCUUUCUUUUUUUCUCCAAAGACCUCUGCCAAGACAAGAGAGCUUGCAACAGACUUCAAAUAUGUUUGUAAUGUACCUGGGCAAUAAGGAUGCCUCCAAGGACUACAUUGGUAUGGCUGUGAGAAAUGGUCGUCUAAUUUGUGUUUAUAACCUGGGAGGCAAUGAAGCCGAAAUAGAAGUGGACCCAUCAGUGACUGAGAGUAACACUGAGGAAGCUACUUUGGAUCGGGUGAAGUUUGAAAGGAUUUACCAGUAUGCAAAGCUGAGUUACGUUAAAGCAGCCACCUCAGACAAAGAGACUUUUGACAGUAGCAGUGGGAGCAGUCACACACUCCUAAAUCUGGAUCCCAACAGUGUUGUCUUUUAUGUGGGAGGAUACCCACUAGAUUUUCAGCCUCCCAAUGCACUAGACUACGAUCAUUACCAAGGCUGCAUUGAAUUAGACAACCUAAAUGAGAAUGUUAUUAGCCUGUACAACUUCAAGAGGACAUUUAAUCUCAAUACCACUGAAAUGGAGCCAUGCAGUAGAUAUAAAGCAGAGUCUGACCAAAACUAUUUUGAAGGCACAGGCUAUGCACUUGUCACAGCUAGAGAAGCAAAUUUUCUUCAUUUGUACUACGAGCAGGAAAUUCAAACUACUGCAGAUGAAGGCUUGGUGUUUUUUGCAGAAAACCAGGAUCAUUUCAUUAGUUUGAAUAUUGAAAAUGGCCAUCUGGUGUUCAGAUACAAACUUGACUCUCAACCUCCAAAGGAAAUAGCAAGCAAUAAAGCAGUUGUAAACGAUGGAACGUAUAAGCAAAUUAAAAUAUACAUUUCUAGUAGACAAAAAUCAGUUGUGAUUAGUCCUUGGAUUAAAGCCAACAUCAGUGUCUUUAAGUUCACCACAUACUAUCUGGGUGGAAUUCCAUCUUCUCUGCGAGAACGCUUUAAUAUCUCCACAUCUCCAUUCCGUGGUUGCAUGAAGAAUGUGAAAAACCCCAUCACUGCAUCUGUUACUUUUACUGAGACCAUUGGUGUCAGUAGGAAGUGUUCCGAUGACUGGAAGCUUGUGAGAUCUGCCGCUUUCUCUAAGAACGGAAUACUGGAUUUGAAUGAUGAGGGUUUCCCAUUUCCCAGCAAUUUCCAAGUCGGAUUUGGCUUUCGUGCAUUGGCACCCAGUGGAACGUUAUUAACUUACAAUAUAUUGUCUUAUAUGCUUAGCAUCUUUUUGAGAGACGGCUUUGUAAUCGUAAAGAUGACAGAUGAGGAAAAACAAUCCAGCAAGAAAUAUGAAGAUGGUUCAAUGCAUUAUGUGUCAGUAAUCAAAGAUGACAACAUGGUCAGGCUGCUGGUUGAUGACUUGCUUGUGUCAAUGGCUGUUGAACCUCAAGGAAUGUCUAAAAAAUUAAGUUAUUCUAUAAGAUUGGGUGGGGAUGAUUUUGAAGGCUGCAUCUCCAAUGUCUUUAUACAAAGGACAGGUCAGCUCCCUCACGUUCAAAAUCUAGUCAAUUAUACUGAGAAGACUGGUGUAUCCGUGGGAGCCUGCAGGAUAUACAAGUCACUCCAGCCAAUGCUGCUGAAAGAAUUAGCAGAUCCUAACAGCUCUAAGAUUUUCAAGUUACAGAAGGAAAAGCACCUUGCUUACCUGACAGGUGCCGAAGUGCAGCUAGACCAGAAAAGCUGUGCUUUACCUACUCAGCUAAAUUUCAUCAAUGGAGCUUAUCAGUUUGGCAACACUCCCAACAGUCAUUUGCUGUAUACACUUUCUCAGGCAUCGCUGACAGACAGGUCACAUUUUUCAAUAGACGUACGGACUAUAUCAUCGGGAGGACUGAUAUUUUUUGUGGGAAAUAAGCCUGAGAGCUCUUAUAUGGCUCUUUACAUUUCCAAGGGACGUUUUGUCUUUUCAUUUGGUGCUGGAGGAAAGAAAAUUAAAAUCAAAAGCAAAGCAAAAUACAAUGAUGGGCAGUGGCAUACUGUGGUAUUCAGUAUGCAUGGGAAGAAUGGCCAUCUUGUUAUUGAUGGUCUGAGGGCCAAGGAAGGAAAACUGGCAAGUAAUUCCACCUUCAGCACUAAGCCACCAGUCUAUCUGGGCGGGCUUCCAUCCCUGAAAGUACAGAAUAUACCAAGAAAGAGUUUUGUAGGUUGCCUGAGAAAUUUUAAAAUGAAUGGAAAGCCCCUGAAUACUCCUCAUCGAAACACUGGUGUCCUUCCGUGUUUGGAUGGCUCUUUGGAGACUGGGAUAUAUUUCUUUAAUGAAGGGGGAUAUAUCGUCAUUGAUAACUCUUUUGUGAUGGAUUUGGAAUUUAAGAUCAUAUUUAAUAUUCGUGUGAGAAGUCUAACAGGUGUCCUACUCCAUACUGGAAAUAAACAAGGCAACUAUUUAACUGUUUACAUGGAGGCAGGAAAGGUCACUGCCUCUGGAAAUAAUGGUGCUGCAGAGUUCCAGACAUCUGUCACUCCUCAGCGGUCUCUAUGUGAUGGACAGUGGCACUCCAUAGCAGUAACUCAGAAACAGAACAUUGUGCACCUAGAUGUGGAUGCAAAGAGCAACUACACCAUUGGAUCAUCUGCCUCACUUUCUGCUAAUGUGGGUCAUCCACUUUAUUUUGGAAGAGUUCCAGCAAAUUUGGAAACACCUUUGCUUCCUGUUUGGGAUUCGUUCCUUGGCUGUCUGCAGAACAUUAAAAUAAAUGACAAAGCUGUCUCUGUCAGCAAAAUUUCAGAGGUUCAUGGUGCAGUCAGCUUGAAUGGAUGCCCUGCCAAUUAACUCUGCCAUUAAUAAUAAGGGAAUUAUUUGUACCCUCAUUGCAUUGGGUCUCCUGAUGUACUGUAUGAAUUACUGUAAUAUGGGUUCUCCUUCCCUGAUCACUGUGUUACUCUCGUCAAUUAUGAUGUUCAAAACAGCUUACAAGUUGAUGCAUCUUCUGGAAUGGUGGCCUGUGCCAAAGCUAAUUAAAAGUAUUGGCUUUGUUA